AUGAUGCAUCAAUACUACAGUUACUCCUUGCUUAUAGCAACCCUGAUCCUGAGCUGCACCUUGACAACAGCUUGGCAGCAGCAGCAGUCUCCAACCAACCGAAGAGGUGCCUUGGAAGGAAUUGCGGGGCUUGCCUUUUUGCCCCCUGCCAUUGUUCACGCUCAACCUGCCGAAUUGCAAAACCUUGGAACCCAAGCUCCACUCCCCGGUGCCGAAGACACACCAUUUGUCACAUUACCCAAUGGCGUCAAGACCAAAGAUUUUUCCGUCGGCACGGGCGGCGAAACCGUUUCCGGCAAUAGCCGCGUCUCGAUUCAAUGCAGUGGUCGCCUCCUCAAUCUCAAUGGGGUCGUUUUCUAUAAUACCAAAAACAACAAUCCCGAUGGAUUCGGUGCCGUGCCCUUGACGGUUACACUUGGCCAAAACCAAGCAUUGCCCGGUUUGGAAGCGGGAUUGGUAGGGAUGCGCAAAAAUGGCAUUCGACGCAUCAUUGUGCCCGCCGAAUUGGCAUAUUCCAAGUAUCCCGACCUUGAACCGCAACCCAUGACCGAGUUGGAUCGACGGGCUUUGGACUCGGUCAUUAAAAAUCCGAGAAGGGAUGCGACCAUUCUAUUCGAUGUCCGAUUGGAACGGUUCAAGUAGAUCUGUUAUAGCUACACGAAAAAGUCCACAGGAGGGCGGAUCUGAGGCGAUUCGAUUCAGACUAUCAUUGAGAUGGAUAUGCUUCAUAUGAGAGCAUCGCGCUGUCGCACGGACAAGUUGACGUACUUAAUAAAAUCAAACAAUCGGCUAGAACACUUCUUUGCCUCACUAUUUGUUAGGUAUCCUCAUCUCUCACCUGUAUAUAAGAAGUACUAGCAUUAAAAGGCAAACUACCUA